GCGGUGCUCCCAUGGCGGCCGUGGGCGGCCGGUCCUCGGCGCGCGCUCUGCGGAGCGGGCGCCGUCGGUUCGAGCCCGGCAGCGGCGGGUUCCGCGGCCUGCUGCCGCCCUCUGAGCGUCCGCGUGCGUGUUGCGUUACUGCUGGUGGCCCUGGCGCUUCUCCCGGUGCGGGAGCGGCCUCCUCGGCCUUCGCUGUGCGGGGUCAGAGGGGCGGCGGCCGCUGCUGCAGCGCUCAGCGUCCAAACGGGCAGGAGGAACCGAGCUCGGUGUUUUACGUUGUCGAGAUGGCUCUUAGGACAAAGCACAGACUAUUUGUAAGCCAGAAAGUUGCAGCAGCCAGUGGUCACACUGUAGUGUUAGUAGACCAGUCAGAUGAAAUCCUUAAGAAAUCUACAAAAGGAAUUGAAGAGAGUUUGAAGAGAGUGACUAAGAAGAAGUUUGCAGAUAAGCCUGAGGCUGGUGCUGAAUUCAUUGAGAAGACUUUAAAGAACCUCACAACAAGCACAGAUGCAGUAGCAGUGGUUCACAGCACAGAUCUGGUGAUUGAAGCCAUUGUGGAGAAUCAGGAAAUUAAAAAUGAACUCUUCAAAAGGCUGGAUAAGUUUGCUCCAGAGCAUACAAUAUUUGCAAGCAACACUUCGUCCUUGCAAAUCACACAGUUGGCUAACUCGACCACCAGGCAGGACCGAUUUGGUGGUCUCCAUUUCUUCAACCCUGUGCCGAUGAUGAAGCUUGUGGAGGUCAUCAAGACUCCAAUGACUAGCCAAAAGACUUUUGAGUCACUUAUGGAUUUCAGUAAAGCAGUAGGAAAAAGUCCUGUCAGUUGUAAGGAUACUCCAGGUUUUAUUGUAAACCGUCUCUUGGUGCCAUAUAUGUUGGAAGCUGUUCGGCUUCUUGAGAGAGGAGAUGCAUCAAAGGAAGAUAUUGAUGUUGCUAUGAAGCUCGGGGCUGGCUAUCCCAUGGGUCCAUUUGAACUGCUGGACUAUGUUGGGUUGGAUACCAGUAAAUACAUUAUAGAUGGAUGGCACGCACUAGAGCCCAACAAUCCUCUUUUUGUACCCAGUCCGCUCCUGAAUAAACUGGUAGAAGAAAAGAAGCUGGGUAGGAAGACUGGAGAAGGAUUUUACAAGUACAAAUGAACUUAAACCUCGAUGGGUGUUAAACUGUCUAUGUAUGCUAUUCAGCAUUGCAAUACUACAGGUGAAUUGUUUAAACCUUCCCAAAGGUGCAUUUAGAACAUAACUCACCUCUGAAUGGAGUGAUUGCACUAGAUAACUAUCUGCUGACAGCUUGAUUUGGUAGAUUAUUUUUUCUUACAGUUCUGAAAAGCUUUAUAUGUACAGUGCCUUUAUGCAGUUGUUGAUUGCUCCAGUGCAGGAGAGAAUGACAAGUGAAUUUAUGCAUUUUAAGACAUUAUGUUAAUGGGAAAAAAUUCAAAAAAUAACAACACUUUCUUAAAAAUAAAAUUUUCAACAAUUCUGUAUGCA